UCAGCCGCUGUGUUUGCACUUUGAUUUUGUAAAAUUUUCUUUAAAUUUGUUAUGGACGGCAUGUUUUAUGUGUUAUUAGGUCACUGAAAAGACCCAUUGUACCCGUUUACAGCGUUUAACAUAAUAAUAAGUAGUGUUUUCUUCGUAUAACAGUGAAGACAUCGAGUAGUACCUUAGAUUCGUUUAGCAGUUUGCUUCUAUGUUUUUUGUGAUAUUUUAGCUGUAAUAAUCUCAGGUUAUUAUCGACCUGACAAGUAGACAUUUUUUCCGUCAAGCUGUCCUCGCAAAUUCGCAAAAUAGGAGACGACAAUCCAUUCAAGUUCUCUAGUUUUAUAACGAGUCUGCCACCUAUAGGUGGUAGAGCAAUGCCGCGCUGCAGUAAACGCACGCGCAGCGGCGCUCCGCCCACAGAGCUGCUGCCGGGCACCACCACUCUCGAAGACCACCAUCACCACAAACGCUCCCGCAACUCCAGUUCACGAAGACAUUCCAAAUCUGAAGACACCAGUUUUAGUGCCAAAAAAUGUUUAACAUGGUUUAAAGAAUACACAACAGUCUCAGAGCCAGAUGUAUUAGGUCCAGAAGGCAUGGAAAAAUUUUGUGAGGACUUAAGUGUGGACCCAGAGAAUGUUGUGAUGCUGGUCAUUGCAUACAAAAUGGGAGCAAAACAAAUGGGAUUCUUCACCCAAGAGGAGUGGAUCAAAGGUCUAACAGAACUCCAGUGUGAUAGUGUACACAAACUGCAAAACAAAUUAGAAUAUUUACGCUGUUUACUCAAUGACCCAUACAUGUUUAAGGCUGUAUACAGAUAUUCAUAUGAUUUUGCUAGGGACAAGGACCAGCGGUCGCUGGACACGAGCACGGCGAGGGCGCUGCUGGGCGUGUUGCUGCCGCGCUGGGCGCUGCGGCCGCAGCUGUCCGAGUUCCUGUCGCGCGAGCGGCGCUACCGCGUCGUCAACCGCGACCAGUGGUGCAACAUCCUCGAGUUCAGCCGCACCGUGGACGUGCAGCUCACCACCUACGACGCGGACGGCGCCUGGCCGGUGAUGCUAGAUGAGUUCGUGGAAUGGCUGCGAGCGGAGCGUGCGGGGGGAUCUACCAUGUUGGCCAGCUGAGACAGUGCGUUGCUAGAAGUUGCGGUCUCGUCGCGCCAGUCGCGUCGCGUGUCAGUGUGACGCAAGUCGCGGCGACAGCGUAGCGCUCCUGUAUAUUGUUGAUGUUGCGGAGCAUUCGAAAUGUAUCCAUCUAUUCUACACUGUGUAUAUUAUUAUGAUUUUCUCGUCGACCUGCAUUGUCCUUUUUUUCAAAUAAUAAGUCAAUUUUGGCAUACUUGAUAGUUAGUUUGUACGAGGUUUGUUUGUUACGUCGACAAUAUUCUUUAGCGCAGAAUGAAAAAUUAUGACCCCAGGUAAUCUAGGGGUUCCUGAGGGGUAACCUGUUCUGAAUCACUGCCUGUUUAACAGAAAAAUUAAAUGCCAAAGCUUUAUAGCAGUGAAAUUAUCAAAUUAAAAACUCCCUUUAUAAAAAUAGAGCUAUACAAAGCACUUACAAUCGUUAAUUUCUACCUAUAACUAAAAGGAUUCAUAACACCCUGUGUGUUAUGAAUCCUUUUAGUAUAUUUUGUUCCCACUGUCUAAUAUGAAUAAACACAGUGUAGUAUGAUUAACUGUUUAUAUAUAUUAAAAUACUAUGAAAUAAUCUACAGCUGAGUAAAUUGUAAAUACCAAUGAAAAAUGGGCCUUAUUACUUUAUAUUUAGAUUUUGAAAUACAGCAACAAAUCAGGUUGUCUCGCUCUAGGAGUGGACGCGUUACCAAUCACCAAUGGGAGAUGAAGACAUUUCGCGCUGAGCUAUGAUUGGCUAUAAUAUUUUCAUGCCUAAGAAUGUCUCUGUAGUACAUUUUCGUGUACUUAUAAAAGUGACAGUACAGUUAUUACCUGUAGAGAUUAUAGACCCCAUACAUAAGGGCCCAAAGUUUGCUAAUACAAUAAUAAUUGUGUGUUAGCGGUCGAUCAACGACGUCAUAGUACUAAUAAAAAAUUUAAAUGAAAUAACGCGAAUCAUUUUUUUUAUUUUAUAUAAGCACCGGAGGUGGUGCUUUCUUCUUUUUUUCUCUAUGCUUGUGUUUUUCACGCCAUUGGUUGCCUUAAAGAGAUCGCCGCGGAAUUUCAUACGCUCUGUUGUGUUUUUUCGUAUAUUUCUGUGUCUUAGCUUCGUGUACAAUAAAGGUGUACUCAUUUAUUCAUUAUUUUCAUUAGUACUAUAAAUUGAUCGACUACUGAGAUUGCAAUAACAGACUUGGGGGCCCGGGGUGAAAGAAUGCGAACCCACCUAAUUAGGCAAUUUAGAACUAAAAUAACUUUUAUUGUGAAGCCAUUCAACCUGAGUUUAUGACAUAAAAGUCAAAUUUUUCUUAGUGUCUUGUAAUGUAAACAAUAUUGUUGUUACUUAUAAGUGUAAAGGAUUGUUUAUAUUACAAGACAAGUGAGAGUAAAUUAUCGUUAAUUCAGGUUGGAUCGCUGGAAAACUGGCCAGAAUCUGAGGCCUAGAAUGAUAAGAGAUAUUGACAUUUGCCACCUAAUAUUCUAUUAUUUACUUGGUUGCCAAAACUUGGCCUGCCAAGGGGUGCCAUUCCUCUAUUUAAUGAAUAAAGAUUGAAUUCGUAGCAUGUUU